AUGGAAGGAGGACCCUCGCUAUCUAAUCAUGGACGCUGUUGCAGCUCUGUUGUUGAAACGAUGCCACUGCACUUUCUUCUUCUAUCUUCGCUGUUUUCCAUCACCCCUGUUUUGCUGUGCUCUGAGAACGCUGCAUCUGUGUUGAUCUCGAGGCAUUCUUUGGGUGGUGGCCUCCACUUUACUGCAUUGGAGACUGAAACUUUACAAAACAUGACUACCAUUGAGUCCCUUGACCUUUCUCGCAACACUUUCACUUCAGUUCCAUCUUGGCUUGUUGAGUUAAAAACACUUGUCUACCUUGAUCUUUCAUUUAAUGAAUUAAGAUCGAUGGAAUGUUCCAUUUCAUCUAUUUUAAAAAAUAUGUGUCACCUAAAAAGGUUAUAUUUAACAGGAAAUAGACUCCGAAAAGAUUCCAUUGGAAAGUGGAACAAUGAUUUGUCUACCUGCAUGAGACAUGAUUUAGAGAAUCUUGAUUUAGGUGGAAAUAGAUUUAAUGCUCAUUUGCCAUCUUGGUUAGGACAACUUGAAAAUCUAGGCAACCUUUAUCUUGAAGGAAACCUUUUUUAUGGUAUCUUUCCAUCUUCUUUUGGAAAAUUACUGAAAUUGAAAAAUUUAUAUCUAUCUAACAACAAGUUAGAAGGAGGCCUUCCAGAUUCCCUGGGACAACUAGUAAAUUUACAAGUUGUCGAAUUUUCAAAUAAUUUUUUUAAUGGAACCAUCAGUCAAAAUCUUGGACAACUAGUAAAUUUAAAAGUUCUUGAUGUCUCAAAUAAUUAUUUGAAGGGAACCAUUCCUCAAAGCCUUAGCCAACUUAUAAAUUUAUAUGUUCUUAAUGUUUCAAAUAAUUAUUUAACGGGAAUCAUUCCUCAAAGUCUUGGCCAACUUGAAAAUUUACAAGUUCUUGAUCUCUCAAAUAAUUAUUUGAUGGGAACCAUUCCUAGAAAUCUUGAUCAACUUGUAAAUCUAUCAUACUUGGAUCUAUCAUCAAAUAAAUUGGAUGGAACCAUUACAGCGGAAGAAAGGUGGCCUUUGAUUAUCUCAGAAGUGUCGUAUCUGAAUCUCUCCCAUAAUCAAAUGAGUGGCUCGCUUCCUGAACAUAUUGGUCAUAUAAUGCCCAAUUUGAAGUACUUGCUUCUUGGAAAUAACCUCAUAAAUGGUUCAAUUCCAAAAUCAUUAUGCCAAAAUGACCAGUUGAGUAUCCUUGACCUUUCAAAGAACAGGCUAUCUGGUAAAAUCCCCAAUUGUUGGAAGGAUAACAAAGCAUGGGAAGAAAUAAAUUUGUCAUCCAACAAACUCUCAGGUACUUUUCCAAGCUCAUUUGGGAAUCUUUCCUCUUUAUCAUGGUUGCAUUUGAAUAACAAUAGCCUUCAUGGAGAGUUUCUAGCGUCUGUGACAAAUUUACCACAGUUGUUGAUAAUGGAUCUCGGAGAGAAUCAACUUUCUGGCACCAUUCCAUCAUGGUGGACUGCUAACACAUUUUCCUCACUACAAAUUCUAAGGUUGCGAAAUAACAUGUUGAGCGGUAGCAUUCCUUCACAAAUAUGCCAACUAUUAUCGCUUAAAAUCCUGGAUCUUUCUCGCAACAAUUUAAACGGUCCAAUACCUUGGUGUAUAGGCAAUCUUCGAGGAAUGACUCUUAAGAGUCCCACUUUGUCUCCUACUUCACCAGUUGCUGGGUAUCCCACUUUGCCUCUUGCUUCAAUUGUUAAUGUAGGUCGUUUUUUGUCUCGCACUCCAUCUCAUUUGUCUCCGCCUCCACCAUUUUUGUCUCCUCCUCCACCUCCACCUCCACCUCUACCUCCACCUCCACCUCCAUAUCUACCUCCACCUCCCCCUCCAUCUCCUCCUGACACUCCAAAAGAUUGGCAAACUGAGGAUGUCAUAGAAGUCAUGGAAGGAAGAGAACUUGACUACAUAAAAAUCUUGAAGCUUGUAGUCAUCAUGGAUUUGUCCGAGAAUAAUUUGGUUGGCUCCAUUCCAAUAGGAAUAACGAUGCUCAAUGGAUUGCUUGGCUUGAAUCUAUCAAACAAUCAUUUGACGGGAGAGAUCCCUGAGAUGAUAGAGAAUAUGGAAUCACUUGAAUCCUUUGAUGUUUCAAGUAACCAACUCUCAGGCACAAUUCCAAGCAACAUGCCAGCUUUAACAUCACUAAGUCAUUUAAACUUGUCAUAUAAUAACUUCUCUGGACCAAUUCCCACAGAUAAUCAGUUUUUAACUUAUGAUUCAUCGAGUUAUGCUGGCAACCCAUAUCUUUGUGGAUUUCCUCUACCCAACAAAUGUGGUUAUUCACACCAAGUUUAUGGGGGAAGUGAAUUUGAAGAUGAAGACAGCAACUUAGAUAAGUUGGAAAAGUGGUUGUUCUACUUUGUCAUUGCAAUUGGCUUUGCAACUGGGUUUUGGGGAGUUAUUGGGACUUUGUGGUUCAAGAAAACUUGGAGGCAUGCUUACUUCAGAUGGGUGGAAGAUUUAGCUGACACGAUCUAUGUCACAACUGCAAUAAGAAUGGCAAAAUUGAAGAAGUGGAUGAUGAUGAUGAGAAACCGUGUUGUUGUUUGAUCAUGUGUGUGUUUUUAUUUUUAUUUGAGGCAUCAAAAGUGGUAAUAAAUUAAGGAAAAUGAAACAUGUUUGACGUAUAUGUAUGUAUAUGUACGAAUUUGAAAUAUAGAUUGUCAUUUGAUGUUUAAUC